CCGUACCCAGUUUCCUUCGGGGGAGGGUUUAACUGCCAGGAAACGGAAGUCUCGUUCUUUUCCUUCCUCCCUUCUUGCUGCUCGCCGCGAGUGUCUCCUGAGCGCUGCCUGCCGCGCGCUCGCCUGCGCCCCUCGUAACCAUGCCUCGCAAGAUUGAAGAAAUCAAGGAUUUUCUGCUCACGGCCAGGCGAAAGGAUGCCAAGUCCGUCAAGAUCAAGAAAAAUAAGGAUAAUGUGAAGUUCAAAGUCCGAUGCAGCAGAUACCUUUACACUUUGGUCAUCACAGACAAAGAGAAGGCAGAGAAACUGAAGCAGUCCCUGCCCCCAGGUUUGGCAGUAAAGGAGCUGAAAUGAACCCGGCACACUGAUUGGAACUGUAUUAAAGUUUUAAAAAUUCCUAAAA